AUGGAGCAAGCACUUAGGGCCCGCAGUCUAAGCUCAGCCUCUGCUCGCCGUCAGAGAAUCCAACAAAGGGAGGAGGAACGCCAGAAAGCUCGAGAGAGUGCAAGAGAGAGGGUUCUAGCCCUGCAAGAUCUUUCCGACCAGGACUCUCAAUCUGGCUCUGACGACGAAACGCCGGGAAGCAGUCACAGCCGUGACGAUUCUCUAGAGACUUCCUCCGAAUACAGCUUGAGCACGCCUCAGGAUACUCCUCACGCUAUGUCCGACAAGACACCGUCUUUAAUCAACACCCGAAGACCUGCGCUACAAGUUCUCGUGCCUGAAACGCCCGUCGACGGAAAACAAAAUGACAUACCCGAGCCCGAAUCAGGACCCAAGCUGCAUGCCUCACUUGCAACAUAUGCCGAUUUCCAGUACGAUCGGUAUUCCAUGAUACUCGACUCUCCCGUGGAAGUUGUCUCUUCACCAGUCACCGAUACAGAUGGGCAAGAAUCGCUAUGCGAGGUUGCUACCCCAGUUUCCUUCCGUCUCCCACGUGCCAAACCCGCCGUAGUGUCAAUCACUUCGCGAUCGUCGAACAACAACCGUCGAACAUCGUCAUCGGCAAGCUUAUUACUUCACAUUGCUACGCAACGAUCGGUUACCAUGCCCCCAGAGAUACCUGCCCGCUCGGCCCAUCGAUUGUCGCAGUUGAGUCAGAAGUCAGGAUUCCUAGCCUCUGAAGCCGCCCCCUUCCAGGUUCCUGAUCUGCCAUCAAACGCGAUGUACAUGAUUGCAAACGCAAGUCGGGACUCGCUAUCAUUGAGCACGCACAGUGUCGAGCCCAAUUCAAGAUCCCACGCACAACGCAAGAGCAGCAUGCCGUUGCUCUCCGCAGCUUUCAGAUCAAGCCACUCAAGAAUGAGCAGCAUUAAGGACUUAGUAUCACCUGCUGUGAGCGGACGGCAGAAUAAUCGACAAGACCGCCCUCGCACUGCCGCUGCCGAUGGAAUGAAUUUUGAGACGGUACCCGCCGAUUUCCACGAGCCACCAACGAAUCGCAACAGAACCUCGCACCGGCCUUCUACCUCCUACGCAAGCAUCUCCCAUGCUAGCAUCCGUAAUGGUAGUGUGACGGCUCUACCCAUUCCGCCUGCCGAGCUAAGGGCCCAUACUACAGACUACCCCCAGACCAGGGAGGACUCACCAUCGCCAGAGUUCAACAUGCCCCGUAAGAAGAGCUUUCAAACGCUACGCAAAAGAAGCGAGAGCAUCGGCAACGCUAUCAGAUUUGUGUCGGGAGCAAAGAAGGGCACACGCGACAGCAAAGUCCCUCCAACACCUACCGCGGUUCCGCCUUUACCCUCAGGCAUGGAUUAUCGCAAGUCGGUUGAUCUAAGCAACUUUCCCAGCCCACCACCACCGAUGCCGUCACCGCGCGGUCAACUGAGAAAGAGUGUCACAAGUGCACAUUACUCGCCGUUUCCAAACAGCUACAGCGGCAACAAGGGGAUAGUGGGCCUUGGCAUCCGCACGUGA